UAGUCGCUGGUUUUGAAGAAGAAGAUGUAGAAAGGAACUAAACGCUGAAAGGACUAGCUGUUCGUUUGAAAAGUGACAUUUCUUUUAACUAAAAAAUUAUAUAUUAAACACGUUGAUAGAAGAUAAUGGCAGGCGGAGAGGGUUCAGAACCGAAAUUAACCGGCUUUUCAAAAUAUUAUAACAGCGUUACUGUACAAGGUCGUGCGAAUGUUGCUGGUUCAACAUUCAUCGCCGUGGGUGGUAUAGCUCUAUACUUUUAUUUAAAAUCAAAGUCUAAAAAACCUGCUGCAGAAAAGUGAUCAAAAUACGGAAAGCAAUAGAUACAUUAUGUAAUAAGAAGCUGUAUAUUAUUUUAUUCUAAUUAGAAAUAAACUAAAGAUGGACGUUUCUUAAUUGUCA